AUGGUAUUGUGUUGUAAGACCUUAUAUGAAGCAGUUCCAGCCUUCAUUUUGUGGCAUCUGUGGAAGGGUAGAAAUACAAGGAGGCAUGGAGGUUCUAUCACUGUGAACAAGGUUAUAUAUGAGAUCAAUAGAGGUAUAUUGUUAUUGGCACAAAGCCUAUUUCUUGGCAUGAAGCAGUUUCCAAAAAGGCGGCCUUUCUUUGUGCAAUAUUUAGAAAACCAGAGAAAGACAGUUGUUCACAAGGAAGUAACAUGGUUACCACCAGAAAAGGGGAAAUACAAGUGCAAUACAGAUGGUGCCUCAAGGGGUAAUCCAGGUCCAAGUUCAGCAGCUUUCUGUAUUAGAGAUCAUAAUGGAGAUUUAGUGUAUGUAGCAGGGAAAAUAUUGGAGGAUACUACUAAUGUAAUAGCUGAAGCAGUUGCAAUUGAAUAUGGCAUACAAUAUUGUGUAGAUCAUCAGCUAUUACCUUUGAUAGUAGAAACUGACUCUUUAACUAUGCAGAAGAUAUUAGAUUGA